AAGUAAGUAGUUUUGUCAAUAUCGCAUGAGGAGGUGGUUGUGUUGUUUAAUUCUUGUGUUUAUUAUCUAGUUUUAUCGAAAUUUUUAAUUAUAAGUGAGUGCAUUUGUAUCGUAUAAACGAACAAUGGAUAUCUAUUGUUAUUUACUUGAUAUUUAAAUAAUUGUAUGGGUAUAUUAAAGUUGUUGUUAUAAUAUUUAUGUGAUUUUGUUAGAUCAACAUUCUAAAAUGACUCUAACUAUGACAAAAAAACUUAGCGAAUGCCAAGCAGAAACUGUGCAAUUUAUGCCCAUAGAAAAAGUAGAAGAUGAAUGCAGAACGGAAAGCUACUGUCAAUCCAGUGGUUUGCUGCGGAGAGGGAAGAAAUUGGAAGACAACAAUAACUUAACCAAAGAAGAGGAGGAGUAUAUCAAUUACCGACAACUCCUCAAAUAUGAAGAGGCACCAGAAUAUAUUAAACAUAAUCAGUACAUUAGAGAUGGAUAUAGAAAAUUUUUGCCCACAAAACUGUGCUGGGAAAGCAUAUUCUGGUGGACGAAUGAAACUAUGAACAUAUGGACACACAUAUUCGGUUUCUUCUUGCUAUUGUUCCUGACCAUCAAUGACUUGGUGAUCAUAAACAUCCACGCGACUGUCACAGACAAGAUCGUCGCUGGCUUAUUGUUCUCCUGUUUUCUGAUAUGCAUGGCGCUGUCAGCCCUCUACCACACGUUCUCUUGCCGGUCAGAGCACGAUUACAACACGUUCCUCAUGUACGACCUCUUUGGAAUCGCGCUCUCCUUACUGGCCAUCUACACUUCCGGUGUUUAUUACGCAUUCUGGUGUCAUUCUGAACUAAAAACGUUCUACAUGACAUCGGUGACCGUAAUCUUCGUGGUGGCGAUGGUGCUGCAGAUCCCCCGGCUGGGGGUGCCGUACCUCGUGAAGAUGUGCGUGUUCAUCGGCUGGGCAGCCUACGGAGUGUUGCCUACGCUGCAUUGGACAUAUACCAUGGGGGGAUUCGACAACCCUAUGGUGCAGAUGUUCUUUCCAAGGGUGAUUGGGAUGUAUGUGAUAAGUGGAACUGCCUUCGUGAUAUACGCCUUCAAGGUUCCCGAGCGCUGGUUCCCGGGCAAGAUGGACUACAUCGGCCACUCGCACCAGUGGUGGCACAUACUGGUGCUAGGCGCGCUCUACUAUUGGCACAACUCCGGCAUGAUGUACGUCCAGUACCGCAUGAACCACGGCUGUGCUAACACCAUGCGGAUCUUCUAAACUCCACCUUUAGCUAUACAGAGUUCCAAAUGUAAACAUAGGGAUGUUUCCAACUAGUCCAAUUCAAUGUUUAUCGAUGUGUCUAUAAUGGUUGUUAUUGUCUUUGAGUCUAUACGAAAUUAUCUUACUUUUUAAAAAUUAUCAGAUAAUUAAUGUAUGCGUGGAUAUUUUUCAAUGUUUUGCUGCAUUGACAACUUGAAACAAUUAUCUUUGGCCAAGGAAACAUCCCAAUUGAGGACCAAUGAGAAUCCUUUGUCGAUUCUGCCUUAAACUUGCCUAGGCGAGACCAAGUUUUAAGGAAAAUCUGCCUUAUUCUAAAGGCUGUAAAGGCCUUAAUACAAUAAAACCUCGUUUUAAGUAUUUUUAGUAGUUAGGAAGAAUUAAAAGACGUUAGAAAAUUCAGCAUGAGUGAUAAACGUUCAACGUGAAAAAAAAUAGUGAAAUUUGAAAAAAUGACAUCAUUUAAACUCAGUAUAGGAAUGUCUACUUUAUUCGUAUUGAUCUAAAGUCCAUAAUCGGAAAAUAUUGUAUCAUUGUAGUUAGUUAGCUCAGUAUAAAAACGUGGUAAUACUCAUUAUGCAGCUCAAGCUUUUGCGUUCCGUUACUUAUAAUUUAAGACUGAGAGGUGUCCUAAAUAGUUUGAUUACACUAUAAAGGGUUUUUAGCGACCAACUUCAUAAGCAGCUCCCGUUUAGCCUUUUAAAUCACAUAUUGUUAGGAAAUCAUAAAGACAAGGAAAAAGAUGGUAGAAGAAAACAGUUUAUAACAUGAUAAAUUCCAUUUCCCUUGAAUAUAUGGCCUGCACAGGUGAGGGACUUUUGACUCUUUUAGAAAAUAAAACGAAUUUAGUAUUAUAAAAAAGAUCCACGAGAACUUGAAUGAACUUUAACACUGGAUACUUUAUAGACAAUAUUGUACCCUUAGUACGAGUUAACUUUACAAAUGAAACGAGAGCGCGUUUAGAGGUCUGAUUGGCCGGCACGAACUGACCAACCAAUCAGACCGAACGCAAUUUCGUUUUCAUCUCGUCAAACGUAAAACAAACUCGUACCUACUAAGCCCUCAUAUCCCUUCAUAAUAAUUGAAUAACUAAAACAGGAACUAAGACUGAAGAACUACCCCGUGAUGAAGUUGAAUCAAGUCGGACAAACAAAUGUCUCUUGUUUGUGCAGGACACGAAAUGGUGGCAAGUUUUAUGACUAAACCUAUAAUUCCUUGUUGGAUGAAAACUCCCAAUACUUUUAUAAAUUAAAAUAAAAAAAACUCCUCAUUCUAUUGCAAAAUCAUGACGAAUUUAUUACAAAACAGAUCUGAUAUACAUUGUUAUAAAAAUAUGAGACUAAUUUUAGCUAGUUUAAUUUUGAAGUUUAAUUACAUUUUUUUAAGUAAUGGCGAAAUAAACGUAAUUAUGAAUGUAAGUUUGUUAAAUCCUUUUUUUUUACUCUUUGACAUCUGUGAUUCAAUUGAAAACAUGUUUACGUUUUUAAUUGUACUUAAUAUUACUUUAUUUAUAUUGUUUUAAGCUAUUGUUAUUAUUAAUUUUAUAUUCUAUGGGUUGGUAGCUGGGUUUUGUAUGAUGGAACAUAAAUGAUUUUAAAAAUUGA